UAUUGUGGGGUCUUGAUAAUGGCUAAGCUGAUGAGCAGCGGGACAGAUCCUUCUUUGCUUUUGCAUCCUGAAUUGUUGUCCCAGGAUUUUCUACGGCUAUCACUGCAGCAGAAAAACAUAAUUGUGGAAGAUGCCUUGAAUGACAAAGAGAAACUGACAGAGAUGUUUGUCCAGCAUGCCCUGCCUCUGCCUCAGAGGAGUUUGCCAAAGAACCGAUGGGGGAAACUUAUUGAAGGCAAAAGAGGAGAUCAUAAACCACCAACACCUCCGAACAAAUGUGCAAGUUCUGAGAAUGUAAGAAAACGACCACUCAUCGUGUUUGAUGGAAGCUCAACUAACACCAGUAUCAAAUUGAAAAAGAAAGAAAAUGGUGAAACAUUUGAGCGAUUACACCCCCCUCCAACUGACAGUACAAAUAACACCCAUCGCAAAAUAGUGUGUCCUACUAAUGUUAAUAAAGAUGGCAGGCUAGCUGUAGCUGGUAAUCACGGACAUCACGCCACAGAAUCAGCUAUGGACAAAAACCAUCUUAGUGCAAAAUCAAACCAACCUAUUUUGGGUAACGUUGUAAAGAUUAAAAGAGCUGCUCCUAAAGAAGAAUCAAACACCUUGAAUGACUUGAGUCAACCUUCAGAAGCAAAAAAGAAAAUCCAGCAUGUGACGUGGCCAUGAUUUAUUCAACUGAUGGACAAAAUCACAUCAUUGUUUUACCUGUAAAUGAUGGAAGACUUAGGUGCAACCUGGGAGCACAGUUCUUAAUUUUAUGGACAUGGAACUCCUAGUUUUUAAAGUGUUUGUUUUUUUUGCUAUAUUUAAUGCCAAAAUAGAGAGUGUGUUCUUUAAAAAAAAAAAAAAAAACUAUUACAUUUCCCUAUCUCAUACACACACACUCUACAGGGAUAUCACCUUCUCAAAUAGGUAGAUGCCCAGGUGCAGGAAGUAAGGCAAAUGCAUCAUGUACACAGUGAUUCACCACUCACAGGACUUUAAUACAUUUUGGUGGAAAAUGAAAGGGAUGAUAUUUGUGCUAAAAAAUUUGAUUGUUAAAGAACUAUAUAUAAAGAAGAGUAUUUAAACUCUUCUUUGAUUUUUUUAUUUAUUUAUUUUUUGUCUGAAAAAUGGGAAGAAAUGUUGUUCAAACUGAAACUAAUACAGCAGUAUCUGUUGUUUACAUCCUAUAAAUGGUCAUUUGCUUAUAGGUACAAAUCAGCCAGAGAACAAUAGCAGAAAGUUCCUACUAAUGCUAAUUGGCUAAUAGAAGUGUGACAUUUGUGGCAGUUUAAACUAAUUUUGUCUAAAAUUCUUUCAUUAACUAAACAAAGUAAUGAAUGAAUAUGACAAUUGGAUAAUUUUUUUAGUUAAUGAUAAAAGACAAAAUUAGUUAAAAUGUGUUAUGCACUUGAACAUAUCUAUGCACAUCUAGAAGUAGUAUGCAGUGCUGCUGUAUUGGUUUCAGUUUAAAUUGUUAGAGUGCUCACUUCACAUUGUUCAGGGAAAAAAUUGUUUAAAUUUGGCUUUUUCAUAUAAAGGAUAAAACUAUUGAGUAUGAAGUCCCUUCGAGUUGCAGAAACAAUUAGGUUUAUAGAGCAGUCGUUUUAUUUUUCUUUAGAAUGUCAUUUGUUUGUUAAAGCACACAUUCAGUUCACAUCAUAUUCUUACACUCCAGAUUGGCAAUGAUUUCCACCCAAGCUGAUUUGGAUGAAAUGGAACGAUGAAGAAACACAGGCUGCAUACUGGGGUUCUUUCUUUUAAAUUAAAGGGACAGUAAACACCUUGUAAUUACAAGACAUAUCUGUUGUGUUGCUAUAAAAUAACAGAUCAGCCAAGUCUAAACAUUUAUCAAACACAUUACCAUCCUUUUUACUGCAAUUGUUUUUCAAUAGCCAAACUCCACCCACCAUUUGUCUCAUUUGAAGGAUGCAAUCUGGGCUUUAGUCUGCGGACAACAAGGAUAGUCAUGGUCAUACAGCUAGUAUAAAGUGCAUUGCUUUGUAGUUCUCAGUAAAAAGCCAAUAAGACAGGAUAGGGUUUAUUUCAAGGUCUGAGAAUUAUAUAAAUUAUUUGUAGAGUUAAACUACACGAAAAGGGGACAAAAUAAAUAAUGAAAGUAUAUUGCAAAGUUCAUUACACAUAACUAAACAUUUUUAUAUAAAAACUCUUAAGGUGUUUACUGUUCUUUUAAUAGAUACUGGAAUCUUGGACAGUCUAUCUUUUUAAAUGAAUCUUGUUAGUUUUAUCAUUUGUACUCCUACAUUUCUCAGAAGAGGGCAUCUCUAGACAUUACUGCAGUAUAGUUGGUGACAUUAAGCAGCCCAUGAUUUUAAAGAUAGCUCUUCCAAAUUCUAAAUACUGGUAAUAUAAAUAGGAACAAUCCCCAUUUAUUGAUCUGUUAAAGGGCUUAUAUAAAGCAUAAUGAGGUAGCGGCUGACAUUCUUAGACAGUAUAUCUGUACAGAAAUCGUUUUCACUGACAACUACUUUCAUUGCACCUAUAUAAAGGUGUAUUUACAGUAUUCUAGUCCGUUUCAUUUGACUUCACAAAUUACAUUUCUUCCUGUCUCCAUGGAAGAGCUAAUUUGCUAGUGUAGUUACAUCUAAUAAAGUCUUCAGAAUGUGUGUGUGUAUGUGUAUAUAUAUAUAUAUAUAUAUAUAUAUAUAAUCUCAGCAAGAAUCAGUGUUUUUCUGACUUUUAUUAGACUUCUUGAACACGUGCCUACUGCUUGUUUUAUACAUUGCAUUUAGUUAUAGUACAAACAAACUGUAUUUUGAGGUGUAAAAGAACAUAGGUAGUGUUUUUGUUUUUAUUUAAUACAUACAGGUUAAAUAUCCGUUAUGUAAAACCUUUGCUUCAAAUUGAAGUAGGAUUACUUUUCUUUAUAAUAGACAUUAAGACUAAAUGUAUUUUUGUAGAACCCAUUUAUAUAAUAGUACAAUAGACGUGUGCGUUUGGAGGUUUCGGAUACCUCUGAAUGCAGAAGAAGAUGGCCCUUCGUGCCCGUCAGCUAUUUUUGGAGCCAAAUUUAUACUUGUGAAACAGCAACACACUAAAAUCUGGAUUUGUACAAAUUUGUUUAACAAGUAUAAAUUUGGCUCAGAAAAUGGCUGACUGGCACGAAGGGCCAUCUUUUUCUGCAUUCAGAGGUAUCCGAAACCUCCAAAUGCACACGUCAAUGAUUGACACACCUGUUUAGCAUGUAUGAUGUAAUGAGUUAACUUUUUACACAGUGGCAUAGUUCUUAAUACUAAACGUUCACAAAAGUGAGACUUGUUAUUUAUUGAACUAAAUUGGUCAGCAUGUAAAAUAACUAGUUUUUAUGUGUAUAAGUUAUAGUGUAAAAUUAUGUUCUAGUUGUAAAAAAAAAAAACCUGCAGACUAAAGACAACUCUACGUCUUCCACAAGUUCAAUUAUUUUGAUUUUAAUAGGACAUACUCAAAAAUAAAGGAGUGUUCUAGUGUUGAUAAUGUA